CGCACACACACACACCCUCGCGCACAUACACGAGCGCUCAUUUGCGCGCACAUACAUACACGCGCACAGACACACACACACACAGACACACACGCGCGCGGAGCGGAACGUGGACGCGUACAGAACGGGCUGGUCCGGGUUUUAGGAUCGAGGUGUAAAAGAUGCAAGACUAGCGCAUAUCAUUCUGAGAAGAGUGUGGACUAAGUCACAGGAGUGCCAUGGCUCAGAUCAAGCUGCAGAACGUAGAGGACUUAUAUGAGAUCGGAGAAAUACUAGGCAGCGGACACUUCGGCCAGGUGCGGGAAUUGAGAGAGCGAGCCGGCGGCACCUGCUGGGCGGGGAAGUUUGUGAAGCUCCGGCGCAGCGUGAGCAGCCGUCUAGGCGUAGAAAGGAAGAGCGUCGAGCACGAGGUGGAGAUCCUGCAGAGCCUGCAACACGUCAACAUCAUGGCCCUGAGGGACGUUUUCGAGAGCCGGGCCGAGAUCGUCCUAGUCGUGGAGCUCAUCCGCGGCGGGGAGCUUUUCGACUUCAUCGCCGAGAAGGAGAACGUGACGGAGAACGAGGCCAUCGAGUUCCUGAAGCAGAUUUUGAAAGGAGUUGGCUUCAUGCACAGCAAACAAAUCGCCCACUUCGAUCUGAAGCCUGAGAACAUCAUGCUGUCGGAUAAGAACGCGGAGCAUCCCGAGAUCAAGAUCAUCGAUUUCGGACUGGCGCACCGCUUCGACGCGGGAGAGGACUACAAGAGUCUAGGUGGCACCCCUCAGUAUAUAGCUCCUGAGGUGAUAAACUACGAGCCGCUGAGCGUAGCCACUGACAUGUGGAGUGUCGGUGUUAUCACAUACAUAUUAUUAAGCGGUAUAUCACCUUUCCAAGGAGAUACGGACGGAGAGACACUAAGGAACAUAGUGGAUAUGAAGUAUGAUUUUGACGAGCAUUACUUUAGCCAAACAAGCAACAUGGCCAAAGACUUCAUUGAGAAGCUGCUCGUGAAAGAUCAGAAUGAGAGAAUGACAGCUGAGGAAUGUUUACUGCACCCCUGGAUAAAGCCUCUGACGAAUAAGCAGAAAGCGAACAGGAGUCGCUCGUCCAUCAACAUGAAGAGCUUCAAGAAGUUUAAUGCCAGGAGAAAGUGGAAGAUGUCCUAUAACAUGGUGUGGGCGUGUAACAGGCUGUGUCGUCUGCAUCUGCUCUGCAAGGGGAACAAAGAGGACGAGCAGCUGAGAGGUUGCGAGAGCGACCAGGAGGACACGGAGACCAAGCCGGCUUCGCUGAUCCGCCGCAGGCUGAGCAGCAGUUCCUGAACCUCUCCUCCGUCUUCUCCCUCGUCUCUCCUGAGAGUACACGUGUCGCAGGGUCACACGCUGUCCCGGAGUGCGCAGUACCCAGUCGCGCACUCUUAUUUCAUUUCACUUUAUGCACAGUUUGAUGAUUACGCUGUAAUACUGAUGUGUUCUGAACGAGCGCUAAAGUGCAUAUGGCAGCCAUAUGUGCAAAUGUCAAUUUUUUUUUUUUUUUUUUUUACUUUUUGUCUUUGAAAUUGCACAAUUUCAUUUUGUGCGCACAUCGAUGUGUGAGGGUUUCAACACACACACACACACAUACACACAACACUGUAAAUACCCUUCUUUAGGGAAAAAUAUGGACCGGUGUCAUACAUGAAGUCUGUUUUGAAGUGUCUUUGGUUUACAUACGUAUAUUUUUAUUUGUUUUUUUGUUGUUGUUGUUGUUGCUGUUAUUUUUUUUUUUUACAUUUUAAUAUAUUUUAAAAGGAAAUAACAAUUCAAGGUGAUAAGCUGUUAAAUACAAACUGUUGAAGUUUCAGGUUACACGUGAAUUCUACGAAAAUCCAAGAAAGUGAGAGUUAAACCGACUGACGGCCAUCUUCGACAUCUUAGUAAGUGUUAGGCCACGACUGAGGCCGGGUGUGUGUCUGUGAAAAUACAGAUUAAUAACUGCAGGGUCAUAAUCGCAUCGCAGGAACAACAAAGAUAUAAGAAGUGCACCGUUCCUCAGAGAUUAGAGAUUAAAUAAUUUCUUUUAUUCUCCUACUUGGUGCUUCUUUAAAAGCAUUCUUUAAGAAUUCAAUUCACUCUGGUCCAAAAAUACAUUUUAAGAGGGGUGUUCAGGUCAAACCGAGACUUUAUGUGAGUAAAAACUUCCUUUAUUUCUCUAUAUAAUCCCCUGCUACAUUCACGCACCUAUGGAGAUCCGAAUUGUUUCACUAGUGCUUGGAUAAAAUCAAAGUAGGAAGUUUUCUCAGUAAACUGGAGGCAUGAUCAAACUGCCUGCUUCAAGUCUGAAACACUGGCCUCCCAGGAACUCCUCUAAUGGCCUAAACAUGUGGAAAUGGCUUGGAGCGAGGACAGGACUGUAUGGGAGAUUUGGCAAUAAUUUCCAGAUGAGUUCCUGUAACGUGCAAGUGGUGUUGAAGGGGCCCCAUGGUAUCACCGGGUGAUGCUGUAGCCUCUCGCAGAUGAGGGCCUAGAGAGAGCUGAUUGGCCGAGCUCUUUUAGAGGGGUGGGAUGGGAGGCACUUAGCGGUCUCCCCUCAAUCACGGCUCUACAGCCAAUCAAUGGGCGUUCCAAGGGAACAUGUGAUAGUCUUCAGCCCUUCCUGACUGACUGGUAGUAGUAGCCUCAAUGUAGGAGCCCCCUAGUAACAGGUGGAAAUUGGAUACGUUUAAAUUAGGGGGAAAAAAACACCAUUUUUUUUUUUUUCGUUCUCUUCUAUUUUACUGCGGCUGAGAGUCUUAUGACCGUACUGUGCUUGAAAUCUUCAGUAAAUGUAAAAAAAGAUUUGUUUUAAAUCAUCACAAGUCCCGCUUUGACUUGAACAUCCCUUCCACAAAAAAACCUGCGGGAAUUGUGGCGCUACGGAACAGCGUUUACUAAAAAGUAAGUUUGAGCGCCAAUGAGGUGGGCGCCAUCAGUGGCCGGGAGCCAGGUGAGCAAAAAUGGCCGUUCUCUCAGGGCAAGGGGGUUUAAUAGGCUCUCUUUCACUGUCAAUCAAAGGGACAUUCACCAGAAUGUCGAUCUCAGUCUCGUCAGUGCUUUUUUCCCCCGUGUGUGUUGCACUGCACUGUGAUGCUGCAUGAUCAACAGUUUAGCUUAAAAACAGAUUUGUCUUGUUUGCUUUGCAUGUCUCUGAAGAUGAAGAGGAAAAAUGAAAAUCUGUGAAUAAACAAAUCAGACACGUCUUUUUAUCUGGACUAUGGCUGGUACCUGAGCGUUUCUUGGCUUACAUUACAUUUGCAUAUUCUAACCUGACUGGCUGUUGGAGUUUAUGAUGCAAAACCUGAUUUGCAUAAGUUUACUAAAAACACCCAGGUUUUGCUUUUACGCUCUUAUUCAAAUUAAUUCUCGUGAAAGACUUACAUUUAAAUAAUUACCACAAUUGAAGGUGAUUCAAAGCUUAGACCCUAAAACUUGACACUAGCAAAAAAAUAAUAAUCAAAUGUAUGCAUGACAAAUGGUGGUCACUGAUACCCGAUCUCCUCAGCACAAAGAAAACAUUUUGUUUGUUGGUUUGCCGUAAAACUCGAAUGUCUACGCGGACUUUGAAUUAAAUGCUUAAAAGCCAUAAUUUGGUAACCUGAGGAGACAAGGCUGGGUUGUUUGCAAAUAAUCUGGUUAUAAAUAACGAAAUUCAAAACCCUGUGUUAGCGCAUGAAAGGAAGAAAGUUGCCCCGAGCUCAGGGACGACUUCAAGAAAUGCUGCCUGUGACAACACGAACAAGUGCUUAUGAACAAAAUGAAUGCAGGUGAUACAUUAACCUUGUUUUCAACUUUAUUGUAAUAUGCUCUCAUUCAUUUCAAUGUAGGAUGGAAUGAGAAUGUCUCGGAGUGGAUGGAGUUUUUGAAGAUCUUAGAUUUCAGAAUUAGAAGAAAUGUGAUGCUUUUAGUUUUAAUUUUCAAAUGCUGUUUAUGUUCCAUCACUUUAAUAAAAAAAAUUUAAAGCUAA